CGAAGUGGUAGUUUGUAAACGAAAAUGGCGACUGCCAGGGAGAAAAAGGUUAAGCGAAUUAAGAGUCAAGAAGUUAGCCAAACUGCUGCGGUAACUAGUAAUAUUGCUGAUUGUUUUCUAUUAGAAGAAGACGAAUCCCAGAAAAGAGAUGCUGAUAAAGAUUAUGUCCUUUUUAAGAAAACUUGUGAUGAAAUUAGAGAACACAUGAAAGAAAUUUUGAGAUUAAAAGAAGAAAAAAAAAGUGAUACAGAUGAAUUUGAAGAACAUCGUGUGAACACUUGCAUGCUUUUUCUUGUAUUAAAAAAAUUAAAUCGUCUUGAUAAACACAGAUGUAAGAGAGUUCGGGAAUCUGUGAGUGAGGUUAAACAGAAAGUAGAUAAUUUUCAUCUUCAACUUCAGAAUCUUCAAUAUGAAGUUAUGCAUCUUCAAAAAGAAGUCACUAAAUGCUUGGAAUUCAGAUCAAAAGAUGAAGAAAUUGAAUUAGUACCUGUUGAAGAAUUUUAUAAAGAAGCACCAGCAAAAAUAUCAAGGCCUACAGAAACCAAAAAUGAUCCCCAUCAAUUAACUUUGGCAAGAUUAGAAUGGGAGCUUGAACAAAGAAAAAGAUUAUCAGAAAAAUUGCACAAAACUGAAAGUCAGAAACAAGAAUAUCUACAAGAAAUAGAGAAAAAGAAAGAAUGUUUAGAAAAUUUACAACCAACAUUGAAAUCAAUUGCUUGUGAUCAAAAUUUGCAUAUCAACAUUGAAGGAAAUGUGGAAGAAGCUAAAACAUUUCAGACUCAAGCAGAACAAGAUGAUGAAGAUAGUGGAGAUUCUGAUCAAGAAGAAGCUUCAACAGUAAAACGACAUCGUCGAUCUACCAUAGACAGAGAAGAAAUAACAAAAAAUGUUUUGUCUAAACAUCCUUUAACUGUUUCAAUCACAGUUAAAUGCAAUAAAGAGACUUCUAUGUGCGUUAAUUUCUCUUACUUACUUCAUCUUCAUAUUGUAACUGCUCUUGUAAAGUCUAUUACACCACACCUAAGUUCAGGAGUAUCAGCUGGUGAUCUUUUAAAACCAGAUUUACUUCUAAAUUGUCUUUUUCCAAAUGACUUUGGUAAAGAAUCACCAAAUCCAGCCAAUCAUUACCAAUUAAAAAAAAUAAGCAGUGACCAAUUUGAAAGCUUUUUGACACAAAAUGGACGACCCUAUCAUUGGGCUCAACGUAUUGCUGGUUUAGAAUUUUUACCUGUAACUAAUGAAAAUUUGCCAUCUUGGGAAGAUACAAAAGUUAAUUAUCAGAUUAGUGCAUCUUCUAUGGAAAUGACCUUACGUUCCAUGCACUCUCGACUUCAAGCCAGGAUUGCUUUACAUGCACAACUCUCAUCAUUAGAACGUGGAACUAUUCCUGUUCCUUCAGAUGUUACAGAUCUCUUUCCAUCAAAAGUUUCUAUUAUAUUUAAAAACUGGACCUGUAGUACAUGGGAUGAAUUUUUGACUCAUCCUAGUUCUGCUGAUAUCAUAGAACUUGGAUUAGCGACAGAAGAUCAUUCGGUCUUUAAAGCAACUGUAGAAAGAGGUUUAGCAAAGCUUUCAACAUUUGUAUUAAUACCUCCGGAUUAUCCUUCUACUUCUUCCCUAUUCCUGUUAACAGUCAAUUGGAAAUCUGAGAGAACUGGAAGAAAUGAUCCUGCAGUACUAGAAUUGGAACAAGAAGUUAAUGUUUAUUGUGUAGAAAUGUUACCUGCCAGUGCUAGAAAUUACAUAUUGAGUUGUCAGUUGCAACAUCUGCUGGUUAGUUUUGAUAUAUAUUUAGAGACAGAAUCAGCUAGAGAUACAAUUGAAGGUCCAAGGGAAUUCUCUCAAGGAAAAGUGUUGACUAGAUCUGCUAGGGGAAGAAGUCGGAGUAAACCAUAUAAAUAUCUUCCAAAUUAUGGAUUAUUUACUCAUAGAUGAACGUAUUAAAGUAGAAUAAAAUCAUCAUCAGUUUUAUUUAAUAUUUUUUUAAUAUGACAUUAAUUAUUUAUAUAUCAAAACAUACACAUCAUAGUUUUUAUGACAAAAAUUAAGGUAAAAUAAAUUCUGAAAAAAUUGAUUUUAAUGAGAGAGGAAUGUACUCAAUGUAGGAUGAACUUUUUUUGUAGUGGUCAGAAACAUAUGUAAUCAUUAAUGAAAUGAAUGUCUUAGUCAAUAGGUGAAUCUAAUAGUGUGUUGAUUAGAAUCAUUGCUUGAUAGCUUUAAGGAAAUAAGUUCUAACUUAGUCCUCCUAUUCUAUUCCUAUAUAGAAUAGGACUGAGUUAUGUCAAAACAAGUUACAAAUUUCCAUUUUAUUUUAAAUAUUUAAUCCAUAUACAAAAAACAAAUACAUUGUCCCAGUUCAGAUCAUCUUAUUUUACAUAUAAAAAUUUCUGUGGAUGGUCUAAACUGGGAUAAAAAACAUUAAUAAAUUAUCCACAAAUCAAUAAAAUUCGAAAAGUUUACAGAGAACCUAACCACAAGAAAAUGCAAAAUAUGUUUACUAAGUGUUGAAAAUUAAUAAAAGAGAAACACUAUUUGGAUAUAGAUUUGUACAGAAUUUUUCAGUCUGAUGUUUAAACCAAGAUGAUGAUUAUAAUCAUUACACAUUUGUUCUUAUUCUAUGAACAUAAAGCAAUUUUAGAUCUCUUUUCAAACUAAUUUUUAUUUG